AUGGAGGUGAUUAAACGACGAGUUCCCCCAAUUGGAUUAUUCAAUAAAACAUGUAACGGAUGUUACGUGAACAGUGUCAUUCAGUUCAUUAUGAGCUCAUCUGUUAUUGUCGAUCAACUGUUUUGUUCACAGCCCAAAAACGAAGUGGUGCAAAGAGUGAAACUCUUGUGCUACGACUUGUGUAACAGUGGAUAUGACACGGUGGACACGUUCUACUUUUUAGAUAACUACGAACCUAAUACAGGAGAUCCAAAUGAAUUUUUAAUGAUGGUCUUGUUUGAGUUGGGAGAAUGUAAGGUGACUCUAAAGAAGGAUAUCAAAGCGGUGUGCAAGAAAUGUGGGAAAGAGUAUGCAAUGAAGUCCUGUGAGAACUACUGGACGUUAAAUAAUAUGGAGAACGAACACGAUUUGGAAGUUAUCAUUCAGAGACAUAGCGAUGUGAUGUGGUGUUGCGAAGAAGAUCAACCUUGUGAAGUGACAUAUCAGGCAAUUCCCGAGACGAUUGUGUUUUUGGUGAACAACAUUUGUGAGAACAAUGGACAAUUGAAGAAGAUAGAGAAGAGUGUUUCACAGAACCGAGUGAUUAAUAUUAAAGGAGUGGAAUACAGUCUUAUAGCAAUGAUAAGCCACAUUGGGUGGGAAUUGGUUGGUCACUGUAGAUGUUACACAAACACUGAAUUGGGAUGGUUCUGUGCUGAUGAUACCAACGUGUACAAAUGGAAUGGGUGUCUGAACGAAGGUGAACAUGAAGUCAUAGUCGCUAUGUUAUAUCAAAAAACUGGUACUAUUGAUCCAAAACUCUGUGUGGAUGGAUUGAGUAUUACAGAAGACUAUUUCAAUUUCUUAAAUCAGAAAAAAGGUAAUUGA